ACUGAGGAUUGGACGACGAGAAGUCAGAGCAGUGCCUCCAACACAGUUGGGUAAAGAUCCGGUGGCCAUCCGUGGGGAGGGGAUGCUGUAGGUAAUCAUGCCAGUAGGGGGUGACAUUGUGUCCAUGUUGGUGCUGAUCUCUUAUCUACUUUUCUUUCUAGCAGCAAAGCGAUGAAUCCUGUUACUGGUGCUCGCAAAGGGUGCUUUUCCAUCAUUGUCAUUCUUAGCUCGUGUGCGCUGCUUGCAUCAGGGAUCUUCUUGCCCAGACUGCAAACUCCAGGCAGUAAGUUUGGGAAGCGUGAUGUCUCCCAGUACCCUGAGUUAGAGAGCAACGUUGACCUCAAGGCUGACCUUGUUCCUUGGGGCUUCCACAUACCUUCCAUCACCCUGCAGGACUGGAGUCUCAAAUGGGUGUCUUCAGAUGUCACAGCCCCACAAGAUGAUGACAACAGCUAUGAAGAGCAGAACAGGAAAUCCCACCUAUGGGGUUCAACAAGAGAGGAAGGUCCAGCUGCCAGGAGCCAAAAGGGAACAGCAGAUUCAGCUGGCUGGGUUCCAGGGUGGCGCGGGAAGCGGAGUAUUGUGGUAGCAGAUGACGCAGCCUUCCGAGAGAAAAGUAAGAUGUUAACCGCAAUGGAGAGACAGAAAUGGCUCAACUCUUAUAUGCAAAAGUUUUUGUGGUAA